CGAUUGGCGUAGAGGUAGAGAGGGCGGAGAGAGCGUUGUGUUUUUGUGGCUGAGUUGGGAAGGACGAGUGGCGAGUUGCGUGUUGGACGCUGAGGGGGAGAGGAGAGCUGUGUGGAGGAAGCGUGACACCGUAGUGGGCUUUUUCUGACCAGGACACCUUUUUCGGGUGAUUUGUUUGGACGUUCACCACUGCCUUGUGGGGAACGACGAGGAGCCAGCUUUGAAGUCUUGCUGUGCAGACUUCACUCAGCACCAUCCCCUGCCGCCUGUAGCCCAGGGGAUUCAUGUUGGAUUUGGACCGACACUUGCUCAUGCAAACACACUUUGGCAGGCUAAGGAGAGGAUCACAAAGGAUAGCAGGAAUCUUGUUGCAUUUGAGAUCUGGAAAGGGAGUGGAGGUGUUUGAAGGAUCAGCCGGAAGGUGACAAAGUUUGAAGAUGGGAGGAGGUGAAAGAUUUAACAUUCCUAUUCAACAGCAUAGGCAUAGUCUCGGCAAGCAGAACAACCGGCAAAAAUUAGAGCGGAACAAUCAGAAGAUUAAUACUUCUCAUGGAAAAGUUCGUGGUCCAUCUGGCUUUGCAUGGCAGGCCAUGCAAAACAGAGCAAAUAAUCGUUCCUCAAACCAGAACUGGAAUUCAGGUUUCCCUGGGCCAAAGAACCUCUUGAGUUGUCAAGAAAACCAGAAUUAUGCUGGUGCCAAAUUCAGUGAGCCACCAUCACCAAGUGUUCUUCCAAAGCCCCCAAGCCACUGGGUACAUCUGUCGUGUGGUCCUGCCGAGAAAGAUUUCAUGUCUUUCCAACUCAUGACGCUGCUGAAGGUCCAAGCCUAAGCAGCCUGGGCAAAAUCGGCAAAGCCGUUACAGGCCAUUACAGAAUUGCAAGUUGAAGACUGUUUUUCUUUUCGCUUCUUCAGCUAUUAACGUAUCAUAAGGCACAUAAACCAGUAUGGAAUGGAUCCGUUCUGGCUAAAGUCACUCAGGAGCUAGACUGAACUUAAUAUGAGGAGAUACUUCUGUGAAGACUCCUGCAUCUGAAGCACUUUUUCGCAGCAUAAGUUGUGCGUAUUGCACUGAAUUUCCUUGUUUCCACCUCCUAACCAAAUUAAGUAUAUACAAUACUCUUGCACUUGAAGUGAACUGGUGGGUGCAUUUAAAGCUGGUUUGGAACAAGUAGCAUUCUCCAGCUAGUCUUUACCUGUGCUUUACCUUUUUCUUGUACGGUAUAUUUUUAAUUUGUUGCUUGUGCUGUGAUGGCUCUUAUAUACACCCUAUUAGAGGGUGUGUGUUCUCCCCCCCCCCCUCCCCCUAGUUUUAGCUGACCUGUCUUGAAUUAGUCUAGCAUAACUGGGGUAGAUACUUUAGUACGGUUUUGCCUAUCUUUAGUUGUAAACUAAUUUUUGCAUAGCUGUAAUUCAUCUUUCAAAAAAGCUGCGUUUUUGCCAUCAAUAGCAGCGGGAUUAGUGUGCAUGACCAUCAGACUGAUCCUUCCUACACUGGUUUAUUAGUUAAGUAUAUUACUUAUAUAUAAAUAUUAUGUGCCAACUAACACUGUAUGUUUGCACUGCCAGGGACUACCAAUAUUUAAAGUAGGAAGUCUUUAUAUAAAAUGUGGCCUUGAUGGAAUAUGUGCCCCAAACUUACAAUUUUCCCCUAAGGGUUCAUGCAAAAAGGCUGUUUGGCCCUUAAAGCUUAAAACAUUGGUGUUGAGUAGGAAGGAUGGCCACAGGCACAGCAUACAUCUUGCUGACAGUUGCCAGUCAAUCAAUGACAUACUGAAAUAUGCGAUGGCUGGAUACUGUUUUGUGCAGCACUUGUUUGGGGAUGGAUAACCCAAACGCAGAAUUCCUGUGUUUGGGGUCUCUAGUGUAUACUGCCCUAAACAUGAGUAUCACUCAGUGUACAGAUGUCAAAUGUCAGUGUGUUCAUAUUACAGGCAGCUAGCAUUGAGCUGUAUGCUUCACCUGUGCCUCCAUUGUGCCCAAAAGCCUUGUUUUUACACUGUAAAGGCCAAACAGCCUGUGUACAUGUUAAACUUUUCGAGCAACAUUUCAGAGUGUUUAGUGAAAUGCUCAUCUUAAAUAUAAGCUAAUUUACUGUACAUAAUGACCACCCUAUUUGUCAGAUCUGUAGGUCAAUCCCUGUCCUAUAGACAAGGCCAUUAUGUCAUAUAAUUUUUGCUAGUGGGUCAUUUAUUUACAUGACUAAAGCAGAUCUUGCAUCCAGCAUGAAUAUUAGCAAUAUAUAUUCUGUGAGUAAAGGAACUUGUCAUAUACCUCAUAGGUGUAUGGCCUGUCAGAUUUUAGUUUUUUUCUAAACUAAAACGCACAGGUCAUUCUGCAAAAUGUUUUUUUCUUUCAGAGUAGUUUGUGAGUAAGCUGUUCUAAUCUAGACUAAGGCCCCUUUCACUUGUGCGGACCGUUCAGGAAUGCCUGAAAAAACUGGCAGGCGGGUUUGAACGGUCGCUCCAUACAUCUCUAUGGAGCAAUGGAUGUCUGCGGUGACAUGUCUGUUUGACGAUAAAGUCUGACGGAUGCAAACCCUAUUUUUCCAUUCAUCUAUCCGAUCGGAUGAAAACUAAGAUUUUCAUCUGACCCCCAUAGAGAAACGCAGAGAUCUGACGUUUCCGUUUCUGACUAGUCAUCCGCCGACUCAGCUGGGAUCAACGGAGCGAGCGGAUGUCUAAAAAUGGAUCCGCAUGUGUGAAAGGACCCCAAGUAUGCCUUACACUCGUUCAUUCUCUAAAAAAUGUCUGACAUUGCAAGGCAGGUCCCUAGCACUUUACUCUGGUCUAGAAUGCAUAUCAAAUCUUUUUGGUCUGCUUUUUUUUUUUUAGCUGUUGGCAGUGUCUGUCUAUUAGCAUUGCUGCUGUAUAGUGAGUGUAUAGCUUUUGGCAUAAAUGUAAGACGUACACUCUUCAACUUGCCACUCUGUAAUUGUCUUUUUAGCCUAGUAUGUGAUGAAUGGAACUUUGAAGUUCUGUAAAUACCUGUACAAGUUGUAGCAUAUGUAAAUGAAUGCAGGGAAAUCCUGCACAGAUAAAGUAUUUUUUAGUACAAACUGCUGAAUGUAGUCAGGCGCAAGCUGUGACUUCACAUAAUGAAUAUUUUGUUAAAGAAAACACAUACGUGUGUAUGAGUGUAGCCUUUGCACAAAGUGCCAGUAUAAAUAUGUACACGUUCUCGUGUUCGCAGUUGUAACUGGUUCUGUAGUGGGAUUGGUGCAAAUGAAGCAUUUAAUGAUUUUAUAUAAAAACAAAAAAAAAAAA